GACCAGCCAUGCAAAGGCAGUUUUCGGUCGAUGACUUCAACAACUUGAGCGGGUUCUGGAAGCUGGGAGCCAGCAUGGCGGGCUUUCCCCGCACCGACUCCGAGGCGGCCUUUCAAGACUUUCUUAAAAGGAUACCUUCCACGAGCAACCUCGCUGCCCAGGCGCAGGGCCUGGACCAGGCGCAGCAGCUGCAUUUGCAGCAACAAGUUCAGCAAUUUCAGCAGGCCCAGCAGGCUGGCCUGCACGCCGCCGGGUCAGGUGGCGCUCUGGGCGAGGUGGGAGGAUUGAAUGUGGGUGGCAUCCCUCGCGUGCCCAGCCUGGAUCUGCUGCGCCAGCUCGUCCAGGUCAAUCAGACGUUGAGUCCCCAGGGACACAAGGGUCCCACGUCUAUGCCAGAGGUGGGCAUCAGGUCCACAGAGCCCGAGCUAGCACCCGCAGUGAGCUCGGUGGCUGCCACGAUGCCACUGCUUUCGAGCGUGCCUCUGUCUAGCGGGCUGCCCCAGACAUCUUCAAACGUCAAUCCCGUGGCAGCAGCGCUGCAGCUUGGCAACUUCCACGGGAUCCAUCCGCAGCAGGUCAGGAGCUCUGGGAACACCAGCGAUUGCGGACCCUCGGACAAGGAGACCAAUGGCAAAGCAGAGCUCAGGCGGGCACGCAGGAUGCUGUCAAAUCGGGAGUCUGCGCGGCGAUCAAGAAGGAGAAAGCAGGAGCACCUGAGCACCCUGG